AUGUUACAAAAGCUCCAUUCGCAAGCCGAGCUCUUGAAGACUUCGUUCAAUGCCCUCUCCGGGGAGGCCAAGCUCGGUACUUGCAUUUCUCUUUUGGGCGUAUUUGCCUUCACAUAUUGGUGGCUCUUCACGCCUCGAUAUCCGAAAGCUCCGACUUUGAGGGUUUCAAAGAAACCAUGGAUCUUUGGAGAGCUUGAAGAUGCAAAAUUAUAUGUGACCAACAGCAUCGACUUGCUUCAGAUUGGCUGGGAGCAGUACUCGAAGCAUGGUACCAACUAUUUGCUCAACACGCCCAAAGGAAAAAUUUACAUCGUUGCGCCAAGAUACAUGGAUGAAGUUCGUCGCGCACCAGAGACACACGUUGAUAACACUAUUGCAAACAGCCAGCUGACCCAAGUAGCCUGGACGCUCCACCGCCGUCUUGCGUGGGACCAAUUCCAUUUUCAUACACCUAUCAGCAAAAGUCUCACCGAGAGCUUAGGCCCAAGGCUUUUGGAUGUCGUGGAAGAGGCCAAGAUGAGCAUAAAGGACUACAUUGGUUCCGAGAAGGAUUGGACUCCGAAGAAAAUGUACCCCGUGGGCUUCGAGAUUGUCACACGUACAGCCAAUAGAUUGCUGUUUGGCGAGAAACUGGCACGAGAUAAGGAAUUCCAGGAUCUCUCCGUAAACUACACGAAUGUCCUUUUCGGUGGAGCAGAGAUGAUCCGCAGUUGGCCGAAUUUUGUCAAGCCCUUUAUAAUGUGGCUGCGGACGGAUAUCUAUAGCGCACAAGCUAUAGCCAGAAAACAUUUAUAUCCCGUCAUCGACCAGCGCAUCAAAGCGGAAGAUGCUUACAAUCGAGCCGGUCGGCAAGCAGAGUGGAAGAAGAUUAAGCCUGAUGAUGCAAUCCAAUGGGUUCUCGACGUGGCACCCCCCGACCAGCGAAAAGCGGACAUCACAGUUUAUCGGAUGCUACAUAUCAACAUUGCGGCAAUUCAUACGAGUAGCAUUACCCUGCUUGAGGCGUUUUACUUCCUGGCUAUUUUCCCAGAGUUUCAUGAUGAACUCCGAGAUGAGAUUGUCCGCGUGUUCCGCCAGGAGAAGAAAUGGACUAAACAGGCUUUGACACACCUGAUGAAACUCGAUAGUUUUCUUACAGAAGCUCUUCGAUUCUGUCCCUUCACUGCUCUGAAAAUGCAGCGAUAUACGGUUAAAGAUUGGACCUUGAGUGAUGGUACUGUCAUUCCUAAAGGGGUCUAUUUUUGGUGCAAUUUUACCGCACUAUCCCUAGAUGAAGACACAUACAAGGAUGCGCAUCGAUUCGACCCUUGGAGGAUGUAUCGCAAGAGACAAGAGCCAGGACAAGCAAACCAGCACCAGUUUGUGAUGACUUCCGACACUAACUUGACCUUUGGGCACGGCAAGAAAGCAUGCCCCGGUCGUUUCUUUGCAGCCAACGAAAUUAAAAUAUUGAUGGCUCUGCUAAUUACAAACUACGAGAUCCGCUGCACGAAUAUUCGAGGAGUCGAGGAGAUUCGAAGAGGUGGAUGGAUCAACAUUACGAAGAAUCCCAUCAACCAUCCUAUCGUCGACUUCAAACCCAGAGACGACCAAAUUCCCGAAGAUAUCAGACACUUAUUCCUGGAUAUCUAA